CAGUCUGAAAGUAGCUGCUCUCGUACCGGUUUCGUUUGCUAUUUCGACUAGCUCAGCACUUAGCACCAGAUUCUUCCGAUCGCUGUUCAGCGCAAUCUAGUCUCGCUAGCGGCAUUUGACGGGCGGAUUUGCAACUCGAACAAGUUUAAAAUUUGACUGUUUAAUCAGACAGAGUUGUGUCGCUACAACAAGAUCGAAAUUCCCCCAAAAAAAUUAUUUGAAAAGGGCUAAAAAGGAGGGAGAAGUCCUUCGCGACCUGGGCACCAUAAACACACUGUGCGUGACUCCAGAGCUUUAUUGAUUAGGUGUCUGUACGUUCUGCGCGAAGUGAGACACUCCCGCGUUCGGUCCCUUCUUCAAAGUUCUAGACGCCGUCUGCUCGCCUUCACUAGCUCUUGUUCACGUGUACUUACGAAAAGACGGAAACAAAAAAUAAAUUUGCGUAAUUCCGUAGUUCUACUCAGUUGAUAGGCAUAUUCCUAAUUCCACUAUGGGGAUGGGAGAUAAGGGAUUGAACGGAAGAUUGGCGUUUGCCAUUGCGGCUGCAGCCUUGGGAUCUGCCUUUCAACAUGGUUACAAUAUUGGCGUCGUCAAUUCACCUGGAGAGCUUAUCCGAACAUGGAUCAACGAUUCACAUUAUAACCGAACAGGCGAAGCGUUGUCGUCACCAGCAGUCACUCUUAUUUGGUCAUGGGCAGUGUCAGUUUUCUGCAUCGGUGGUAUUAUUGGAGGAUCUUUAACCGGAAUUUUGGCUGAACGCAUGGGCAGGAAAGGGGCUCUACUCUUCAACAAUGUAUUUGCCAUCAUUGGAGGUUUACUGGAGGCUUUCACUAAAACCGCUAAUUCUUACGAAAUGCUCAUUGCCGGAAGAUUAUUCAUCGGAAUCAAUUGCGGCUUGAACGGUGGCUUAGCACCUAUGUAUCUGUCUGAGAUCUCGCCCGUCCACCUGCGUGGCGCUGUUGGUACCGUAUAUCAAUUAGUAGUCACUAUCUCGAUUCUAGUGUCACAAAUUUUGGGUAUGGAAUCAUUGCUUGGCACACCCACUCUGUGGCCCAUUCUGCUUGGUUUGACCAUCGUCCCGGCCGCUUAUCAACUAAUUGCUUUGCCAUUCUGCCCGGAGUCGCCCAAAUACACGCUGCUGAAUAAAGGAAAAGAGAUCGAGUCCCAACGAGCUUUGACCUGGCUGCGAGGGACUUUGGAGGUACAUGAUGAGAUGGACGAAAUGCGCGCUGAAUUCGAAGCAAUGAAACUGGUUCCCAAAACUACUUUAAAGGAGAUGUUAACGAAUCCUUCUUUGCGCGCUCCAAUGAAUAUCGCCGUUAUGAUGAUGUUGGCACAGCAACUCUCUGGAAUCAAUGCCGUGAUGUACUUUUCUACGGACAUUUUCAUGUCUGCCGGUUUGACUGCUGAAACUUCGCAAUAUGCCACUCUGGGUAUGGGAGGCAUGAACGUGCUGAUGACUGUCGUUUCUCUAGCCAUUAUCGAAAAAGCUGGUCGCAAAACGUUGAUGCUGAUUGGUCUGGUUGGCAUGAUGUUUGAUGUCAUUCUUCUAACUGUCUGUUUGGCGCUUAAGGAUGUGGCGGCAUGGUUGGCAUACUUCAGCAUCGUCUUGAUUAUUGUCUACGUCGUGUUCUUCGCUACCGGUCCUGGCUCCAUUCCUUGGUUCCUCGUUACGGAACUGUUUAAUUCUUCUGCUCGUCCUAUGGCAACCGCUAUCGCCGUAACCGUCAACUGGGUCGCCAAUUUCAUCGUCGGCCUUGGAUUUCUUCCUAUUCAGGAAUUGUUAGGUCCAUACGUUUUCAUCAUUUUUGCGGUCUUCCUGGCUUUCUUUAGCUGGUUUACCUGGAAGAAAGUGCCGGAAACUAAGAACAAAACUAUCGAAGAAAUUAGCGCCAUGUUUCGCCAACAGUCCUAUUAGAAGCUUGAAAUCAACAGCGUGUAUACCAUAUCCGGGAAGACGGAAGCGUUUGAGAACCAGCGACGCUGUUGCUGUUAACUACACACCAACAAAAAGCAUAUAAAAAAAUCAGAUUGUAUAAAAGGAAAACUUCACUGGACUGUUAAACUACGUUUGUUUGUCAAGUUCUUCGUCCGUCUAUUUAGUGAAUGUUGUCCACUGGAUUUUAUUCUAAAUUUUUAUAAUAACAAAUCCAAAGUCGCAGGCAUAAAACACGCAUUCUGGUUCAACCUCAAUGUCCCCUCCCAGUGACCUAAACAACGCAUCGUAACACAUAGCUCCAAAUCUGGUUUCGAAUAUAGGCAGCGAGCUAGACAUUUUGAAUUUGCUAUUGUAGUUACACGAAUCCCAAAGAUUUUAUUGUUAUUCCUCCCUCCCCCCUUCUUUCUUUAGAUUCUUUAUUGUGUAAUUUAUAUUGGUAGUAUCAGCUCCCUUCGAAUGCAUUGCAUUUUUAUUUUAAUUUUAUUUUUUAUGUUUUAUAUUUUUAUUUUUAUUUUAUUAUUUAGAAGGAGCAUAAUAGCAUUAAAACUAAUAGUCGCGUUCUGGGUUCAAUGACGAUUCGAAUGCAGGACCUGUUCUAGAUAACUUUAUAUAUUUUUUUUUUUUCUUCUUGUGAAUUUACAAUUUCCAUCAUAUUUUUGUAUAUCUAGGUAGGCUAGUCGUAAGACGUAGUCGAGUUAUUCAACAUACUGUCGACGUUUGACGUAUGUAUGAUUAAUCGUCUCAAACUGAUUUUAAACAAAUUAAUGGGUGAAACAUAUGAAUGGUACGAUACACGUUUCUUUCCCGAUUAUACUGGUUGCAUUUUGUAGUGUACUGUAAUCCAUAGACACGAAAUGAUCAGUGUAAGUGUUUACUUUUGUGUUCAAAAACGUGUUUCGGGAUGGAUGAUAUACACGGUAUCGAGUUA